GGUAAUCCUCCUCCAUCAAGGCUUCUUUACCCUUUACCGGAGGCCUUCGUGUAGUAAGAUGCGAAUUCCAAGACCGUUCCCGCGCACCAUGCGAUGCCUGUUGGUAGGCAUGAUGCUCUAAUCAAGAAGUGAUGUAUUCAAUAUGGGAGCCACGCAAUCCUCCGCCGACGGCGUUGUGACCGUCGUCGCGGCCCCGGGCCAAACCCCAAGCGGCGGCCUCAGCGACGGCCCACACGAUGUCGCGUUGCUCGAGCUGCAAGCGCACGUGGCUCGCCUGGGCGAGCAGCUUCAGGCUAUCAAACUACAGGGAGAGGGCCCGACAGCUUGGGCGUUCACAUCCGGCGGCGUGACCUCCACCCUUCCAGCCAUUGGCGGCAGCCCGGGCCCUAAACGCAGUCAGGCGGCGCCCUCGAGCGGCGCCACCUCCACUGGCAACGCCGCCAGGGGUGCUUCGAGCACCAGCGGACGCGCGGGGAGCUCCAGCGGCAACCUGGGAGGCGGCGGCGCCAGAGCGGCCCAGGACUGGCUGAUGCUUGGACUGGGGCUGGGUGGCAGCGCCGGAGCUGGACCGACCAGGCACACAGCGGCCACCGCCGCAGCCGCGGAGCUGCAGGCGGCCGCGACCGAGUACCGUCGUUGGUACGCGGAGAACGAGGCAGCGGCGGCGCGGCGCCAGGCGGCACUUCACAGCCGCAUGGGGCAGGUUGCGGCGGAGGCCCGUGACACGGUGGCAGUGCUUGGGCGGGUGACGGAGGCGAACAACCGUACGGCGGCGGUGCUGGAGCAGCAGCUGAGGCCGGUGGCGGAGGGCGUGGAGGCCCUGGCGGCACGGCUGGAGGCGGCGGCAGCGGAGCUGCGCGGCUGCCGCCAGGCACUGCGGGCGCAGCAGCACCGGCAGCAGGAAGCGGCCGAGAAGCGGGAGCAGCGGCAAGAGCCAGCGCGGCAGGAAAGCGAGUUGUGAACAGGGGUCGAGGGUCAGGCUGAGUAGUCUGGGCGGCGCGAGAGAUGUGCCGUGGCGGUGACGGUGUGCGGGGUUGGAGGACAAUUCUGGAGCAGUAUGGUGGGUUGUAGCGGAGGUGGCCUGAGCGCCACGGCAUGUAGCAGGAGUGAUACUCAAGCCCCGAAGGAGCUUACCUGCUGUGCGGAAGCGGCGGCAGGCGCCGGCGAGGGACGAUGGACGUCUAAAGAGGAGCGAGGGACGAUGGACGGCUAAAGAGGAGCGAGAGUCCGUGCAUAGGCGCCGGGCGCUAACUAGGAGUCAAUACGGGCUCUGCCCCGUCUCGAACAGGGAUCCGCUAGGCCCAAUCUAGAUAGACUGGCCAGAACACUGAGCGCCAAGCGUUUAGAGGCCAUCGAUCGGUGUACGAUACGAUAAGAUCCCAUUCCGAGGACACGCGACACUAACCGUGUGUGUUACCCGUAAAAGUCCCGUAAAAGUCCCGUAAAAAUCCCGU